CCUGGGCAGGGCCGGGCCGGGCUGGGCCGGGCACGGCACGGCAUGGCCUGGCGGGUCGGGAGAGAGGCUGGUGGUCAGCACUGCUCUGCUUUGCUUUGCUGCUGCGUGCGUGCCUGUGUGCGUGCUCUGCGAUUCCUCCUCCUCCUCGUCGUCAUGGUUCAUUAGAGCCCUUUGCUAUAGCUGGAUCUACCAACCCUAGUUUGUCCCUUCCCCCACUCCCCCCUUCCCCUGGGACCUUGACCUGGUUCCAUCUUCUUCCACGGCCGGGCCCGGAGCAUUUUGUUAGCGACGUUUUAGCCCCUGCUGGACCUCGUGGAUGGAAUUUGCGUGAGAUCGCUUGGUUUCCUAGGCAGGGAAGUUUUUCUCGAGAGUGUAAGCUAGGCUAGGGUUUGCGAAGUCCGGUGCCCGUGGGUUUGGUGAGAGAGAGGGCGAGUUUACAGGUUGUUUGGUGUGGAUUGAUUGAUUGCUGCUUCGACCUUGAGGUUCGGGAGAAAGCGGAGUGCGAUCAGUGGUGGAAGUGGUUCUUCUGGUGCUAUGAUAGCGUGUAGUGUGUAGUGGAUUUUUGUGGAGCACGGGAAUUUGUGCCGAGGGGUGGAGUUAAUGAAUCUGUGUAGAUACUGGAAAUGGUCUUGGAUGAGUAGUGACAAGGAGGAGGCGACACAUUUCAAUGAUUAGCUCACAAGAGACUUGUCUGCGGUCUGGAAGGUGGAAGGUUUUUGAGGAAUUGGUCUUUGCGACUUCAGGUGGCUGUUCUUCAACCCUGUUAUUCUGCUCCUACAUCUGGAUUAGACCAGGAGGCUUUUGUUCAGGAUGGUUGGUGGGAUCAACCGGUUCACAGUGCAUAGUGUACCUUUUCAUAAAGUGGUGAUCCCUGAAAGAAAUUAGUGUCUCGGGAUUUACUCUCACUUUACUUCUCAUCGAACUGAAGUAUAAACCCAACGUGUUUUCUCAUUUUACAACAUGGCGCCAGCUGAUGUUGAAGGCCUGAGAGCCGCGAAUGCUCGACUUGCAGCGGAAAUGGCAUCAAUGAAGAAGAAGAUGAUGCUAGCAAUGAAGAAACAAAGUGCGGAGGUAAAAUUAGCACAGCAAAGAGCCCAGGCUGCAGAGGCUGCUCUCGCUGCUGCUGCUAAUGGAAGCUCAAAUGCGGCUGACUCGUAUGUCGAAAGUGAAGGAGCCUCCUCUGAAAGUGGAUCGCGUUUGUCUCUGGACCCAAGCAUAGGACGAGACACUAAUUCUGGAGUCUCUGACGAAGGUGGUGGGAUCGGAAAUGGGGUUGACGCAGAGACCUCGGCUGAGGGGGGCUACUUGGAGGAGCGUGAAGCACUUGUUUCAGAAGCUCGUCGAAAUGUCGAAGAGAAAGAGAAACUCAACGCUGAAUUUGAAGCCCUUGCUUUGAAAGCUCGUCAAACUGCUGAGGAGAAGGAGAAACUUGAAGUUGAGUUUAGAGAAUUGAAGUUAGCUUCAGAUCAAAUUAUGGAAGACUUGAAGGAAAAGAACAGGUCACUUGAGUCUCAGCUGGAGGCAAUCUCACAUAUUAGGGUUGAGGAGGUUCGAUCUCCAGACACCUCGUCACAACAUAAUAGUGCUGGAGAAGGAGCUGUUUCUGAUUUCGAAGAAAUGAGGUCUUCCGAAAAUGUAUACGCCGAAAAAAUUUCUCUUCUCGAGCAGCAGCUCAAGGAAGCAAAUGAGAAAGUAGAGAGGCUAGAAGCAGGGCUGAAAGAGCGAUCGGAGAGCCUGCAGGCUUCUGAAGCCGUUGCACUCGAUGUCAAAAUUGCUGGUCCUCAGGCGGACAAAAGAGUUUCUGAGCUCAAUUUAAAGCUGGAACAAAUGAAGAAGCAGCUAGAGGAGGAGGUUACAAAGUAUACUGAACUUGAUGCGAAAUUCGGCCGCUUGCUUAAGCGUUCAAAGCAGCGCAUUCAGGAGGUUCAGAAAGAGAAGGAGGACGUGGAAGAAAAGUUCAAAGCAUUAGAGGAGAAGGCCACAGAAGCAUCAACCCGGCAGGCAGCAUUGCAAGCAGAUCUUAAUGCCACACGUAAUCAAGCGGGAGAUGCUAUUAGGAAUCUGGAUUCUGAACGUCAACAAUUGAACAUAGCCCUUCGUCGGGCAAGACAUGACAUAGAGGAGAUGCAGCAGGCCUUAAAAGCUAAAGAGAACGAGCUCAAUGAGAUAUCUAGUCAAUUAUAUGAAAAGGACCAGCAAUUAACGGAGCUUAAUGAAAGGCUGAAAGAGGCUGAAAUGAAUCAAGAGGUUGCCAUUUUAGGACUGAAGGAGACAUAUCAGAAGGUCAUUGAAAGUUACGAGCAGCAGUUGUCAGAAGCUGCUAAAGAUCGUACCAAAGGUGAUGAAGCUCUUUCUGCUUUGCAGGAUCAGCUUGCUGAGAAAGACUCCAAGUUGGCAGAAGUUGAAGCAGCCAGUAGCGGUGAGCUGGUGCGUUUGGGUGCCUUGCUAGAUGCAGCUCGAGGAGACAUCCAACGCAUCCAAUCUGAGCAUGAAAAAGAGCGUGAGAGGGAGCGAGAGGAGCAUAAGUCCGCUCUUUCUGUGUUGAUGGACAAGUUGGAAGCAUCUGAGUCGUUGCUAAAUCAAGUAGAGAUUGCGGCAGGAAACAGGCGAAGUCAGCUUGAAUCUGAACUUGAGGGUUGUCGUCAGAUUUUGAGUGCCACUCAAGUCGAGCUUGCUACGGCUAGAGCUGAGACUAAAUUGCAAGCACAAGAGCUAGCUGCUUACAAGGUGCGGGCUCAUGCUCUUCUGCAGAAGAAAGAGGCAGCACUGCAAGCUGCGCAGGAUUCAUCAUCAAUGGCGGCACUGGAAUCAGCUCUGGAGGAAGCCAAGGCACAGGCUGCCACGGCUGCUGCAGCCAGAGACCAAGCAAUGAGAAGGUUAGAUACUAUUGUUGCUGACUACCAGCGUAAGCUUGACGCACAAGCUGGUGCUAUUGAAGAGGCAGAGCUUCAUAUACGGGACUUGGCCACUCAACUUGAGUCGAGCAGAGCUCUGUUGAAGUCUCAGCAGGCCGAGUAUGAACGGCGCCUGGAUCAAGCAGAAGAAUCCGUAUCCUCGAGACCAGAGGCACCUGCCGCAAUCCCUUCGCCUGUAAAUGAAGAGCUGGAGAAGGAGCUCACUGCCAUACGCCUUGCAGAGAAAUCUUUGAAGGAGGAGUUUGAAUCCUACAAGGAAAUGACAAAUUCUAUGAUGGCAAGCAAAGAUGAAGAAAUCAUGCGUAUUGUGGAGGAGAGGAACUCUUUGCAGAAGCAUCUCUCUCAAAAGGCGCCUACUGAUGUAGUAGACAUGUCAGUAACCAGUUCACCACCGCCACCUCUUGCAGAGCAGCAGAUCUUGACAUUGGCUCGGCUUCAGGCACAGAAAGAAGAGGAGGUGGCCAGAUGCCUGCGGCAUAUUGAAGCACUUCAAGAAGAAAUCAAGGAACUGGAACAAGAGAAUCGCCUCCGCUGUCACCAAAUCACGAUUCUAAAAGAAGAGUAUCAGAAUUCUGAACGAAACCAGAAGCGAUCGAACGUCGAUAUGACCUAUGUCAAGAAUGUAAUUUUAAAGCUGUUGGAAACAGGAGAGGUGGAGGCUUUAUUGCCUGUGAUUGCAAUGCUUCUCCAAUUUAGCCCAGACGAGUUGCGUCGAUGUCAAGAAGCCUACAGGAUGCAGGCUUCUGCUGAAGUUCCAUUAAGUGGAGCAGCCGCAGUUGUAGAUGCCGCGACAGCUGCUCCCCGGUCAUUACUUUCCAGAUUCUCGUUAGGAUAAUGAGUGGUGAGGAUUGCAGCGCAAUCAUUGGUCUAAAGUGACUUUAGUCCUCGUUAGAAUACAGGGUUAGGUAGAGGGUACAUUCGCCAAUGCCUGCGUCCCAGCUGCGAUCGUUGGGCAUGAAGUGCUGGAUUAAUGCCAAAGGUUUCCGAGGGAUUUGUUUAGAGAACGAUGGCAUGAAUUUCCUUUGAAACAGAUUUUUCCUGUAGUGGGUAGAGCUCUUGAUAAUUUUAGACACAAGAACCUGUUCCUGCCUGCAGCUAAGCCAUCGGGUCUUGAAUAUGUAACAAUACACGUCGAAUUCUGCCGCCAUCCUUAGUCCGGAGAUGAAUGCUGUGAAGCUUCCUCCCAUCCAAAUGUUUGGGUUCGCAUGAUUUAACCUAAUGAUCACUAGUGUGGGAUGGUUCUUUGCUGGAAUUUUUCCGGAUCGUACAAAUAACUACAUGAACCCUUUUUGUUCAUUUGAAUUA